AUGGAUGAUCUCAUCCAGUCACAGCCUUUCAUGCCUCCCAUAGCGAACGGCAGCGCAUUCCAGGACCUCUUCGUCUUUGGUGACUCGACUGCAAUCUUCCAGUCCGACUUAGUCAGCCUUCUGCAUGUCAAGUCGAAUGCUUCAUUGCAGUCGUUCUUCGAUCAUGUGGCAGCUGCGUUACGCAGAGAAGUUGCGGCUCUGCCGGCAGCUAAGCGAGUCCUGUUCAAGAGCUUCACGACCCUCGUGGAACUUGUGGAUCGAGUUGACGAGAUGGGAGGUGCGCCAGUGAUGCACUUCACUCUAUUAUGCGUCCAUCAGCUGGGAAGGUGGAUCAUUAAUUGUACGGGCACUUCCGAUGUAUAUCCUCGUCCAGAUAGGGCACAUAUCGUAGGCCUCUGUACGGGAGGUUUCGCUGCAGCAGUUGUUGCCACAUCGGGAUCUCUCUUAGACCUCAUUGAAGAAGGCACCAUAGCCGUCAGGGUUGCUUUUAGGACCGCGCUCAGAUCGAUGGGCGCCGGGACCGACGUAGAGUCCACCAACGAACCUUCACGAUCCUGGUCGAUGGCUUUGCAUGGGUCGGAGUCAGAGGCAACAAAGCUGGUGGCCAGCUUCAACGAGAGCCGACGAGCGCCCGUAUCAGCAAAUGUCUACAUUAGUGCUUGUGCACCAACCAAUGUCACCAUUAGUGGGCCUCCAAGCGCUUUGCGAGAGUUCGUAGAGAAGCAAGGCCUGAAGACACAUCCAUUGUCCAUCAACACGCCUUUCCACGCACCACAUCUGUUCGACUCUGCAGAUAUCGACGCGAUCAUGCAGGAUGUUUGUACCACAUCGGGUCAGCUCAAGCAACGUAUUGCGCUAAUAGCGUCUGAUACUGGCGCUCGUGUGGUGGGAGAAGACCUCGCGCAGCUGCUUAGACGAGCCGUUGAUGGCGCAUUGCGUGCACGGAUCGACUGGAAUGCGAUUUUGUCAUCGUCCACAAACUGCCUCGCCGGACCACAACAGACGCGCAUAAGGGUAUGGCCGAUUGCCAGUGGAGCGUCGGCUUUGCUCAUCACGGCUCUAGGAUCAAGUGCUGUCUCAGACGAGAGGAUGAACAGAAAAUUAGUUCCGGACGUCCAAUCGGGGCCGAGCCACCGCUUUGGGGAUUCGAAGAUUGCGAUCGUUGGCUACUCCGGCCGCUUCCCAGAUGCGGCGUCGAAUGAUGAGUUCUGGGCCAUGCUUCAGGCCGGGAAGGACACGCAUCGUACCAUCCCCACCGAUCGCUUUGACUGGAAAGCUCAUUACGAUCCUGCUGGCAAGGAGAAGAACAAAAGUCGUGUCAAGUAUGGCUGCUGGAUUGAUGAACCGGGCCUCUUCGACGCCAAGUUCUUCAACAUGUCGCCGCGAGAGGCUGAAAACACGGAUCCCUCUCAGCGCCUGGCUAUCAUGACCGCAUAUGAAGCCCUUGAGAUGGCAGGUUUCGUUCCGGAUCGCACACCCUCAUCUCAGCGAGAUCGCGUGGGUGUGUUUUAUGGUACGACCUCCGACGAUUGGCGAGAGGUGAACUCUGGUCAAGAUGUCGACACAUACUUUAUUCCUGGAGGGAAUCGUGCCUUUGUGCCAGGUCGCAUCAGCUACUUCUUUCGCUUCUCCGGACCUGCCAUCAGUGUCGACACUGCUUGCUCUUCCAGCUUUGCGGCUAUCAACAGUGCUUGUAGCUGGCUAUGGCGCGGCGACUGCGACACUGCGAUAGCAGGUGGGACCAAUGUUCUGACGAGCCCGGAUAACUUUGUUGGACUAGACCGUGGCCAUUUUCUUUCGACCACGGGCAACUGUAAUCCGUUUGACGAUGACGCCAGCGGCUACUGUCGAGCUGAUGGCGUCGGAUCAAUCAUUCUCAAGAGGUUGGAGGACGCAAUUGCUGACCAUGACCCGAUAUUCGGCGUGAUUGCCGGUGCUAGUACCAAUCAUUGCGGUCAGACUGUCUCCAUCACAAGGCCCCACGAAGGUGACCAGCUGGCCUUGUUCAAACGCAUUCUGCGGAACUCCAACACGAGGCCUGAGGAUGUCUCUUAUGUUGAAAUGCACGGUACAGGCACGCAAGCUGGUGAUGCUGCGGAAAUGCACUCGGUUCUGAAGGCAUUUGUCCCUGAUGGAAGUCGUCCCACUUCUCACCCACUCAGUCUCGGCGCCGUCAAGGCGAACAUAGGUCACAGCGAGUCAGCAUCUGGAGUCUCGGCUCUGAUCAAGGUCCUGAAAAUGAUGCAACACAGUCAGAUCCCACCCCAUGUAGGCAUCAAAUCAAAGAUCAACCACAACUAUCCUCUCGAUCUGGCAGAACGUAAUGUGCGCAUACAUCUCCAAACAGCGCCUUGGAGACGAUCAGACUGCCUGACUGGACGGAGAAUGUGUUUCUUGAACAACUUCAGUGCCGCAGGCGGCAACACAGCACUCCUGGUCGAAGAUAGUCCUCUGGUUCCGAUAGAAUCUAUCAUCGAGGACAGCCGAGGUAUCUACCCUGUUGCUCUAACGGCCAGAAGCGCGACGUCGCUGCGACGAAAUAUGGAGACGUUGAUCGAGCACAUCAAGAGCCAACCUGACAUACCUUUGGCCGCUCUUUCGUACACUACAACCGCACGGAGGUCUCACCACAGGUUUCGCCACAUGUUUGCUGUUCCGAAUUUGGAGUCUCUGGUGGCUGACAUGAGCGCUCAAUUGGAUCAGUCAGAGGUCAAGGCCAUUCCUGCCAAGUCUGUCAAGGUCCUGUGGGCAUUCUCCGGACAAGGAGUCUCAUGUAUUGGCGCCGGAAGGCAUCUCUUCGAAACGUACACUACUUUCCGUCACGAUCUCUCUUUGUUCGAGCGCAUGGCGAGACAACAAGGGUUUCCUGGGUUCUUAGGAUUCGUCCUGGACGAAAUGCCCACCUCGAAGGCAGACACGACCGACCCGGUUGUCUCCCAUCUGGCCCAUGUCUGCUUACAAAUGGCCAUGGCAAAGCUAUGGACCUCGUGGUCCGUACAUCCUGCUGCUGUCGUGGGCCAUAGCCUGGGUGAGUACGCAGCUUUAUACGCAGCUGGCGUAUUGACUUCGAGCGCUGUCAUCUACCUGGUCGCGAGCCGAGCACGCCUGUUGUCGGAACACUGUCCCAGUGGUACGCACUCUAUGCUUGCCGUGAAGGCCAGCGUCGAGUCAAUUCAUGGGCAUUUGGCGGGUAGCGGCUGCGAUGUUGCUUGCAUUAACUCGCCUAGAGCGACUGUGGUCAGUGGACUCAAGCAAGAAAUUAAUCAACUCCGCCACUGUUUGGAGUCUCAAGGCAUGGCUACUCAGGAACUGGAUCUACCGUAUGCUUUUCACUCUCCACAAGUCGACCCUAUACUUGCAGAGAUGGUCAAGGUCGCUUCCGAUGUCACAUUCGAAGCGCCAAAGAUUCCUUACAUAUCCCCGUUACUCGGUCGAGUCGUCACGGAGAAUGAUGUGCUGGGUCCACGAUAUCUCACCGAGGCAUGCCGUGGAGUCGUCAACCUGCAGGAUGCUCUAAUGGACGCAACGCGAUGCAAAGUUGUGGGACCUGAUUCUGCUUUCGUAGAGAUUGGCAGCCACCCGAUAUGCUCCAACAUGAUCAAGGACACUCUUGGCCCUCAAUACAACCCUGUUGCUUGUAUGCGAAGGGGUACCGAUGGUCAAAAGACCCUUCUUGAAGCUGUGAAAGCAUUGUACUUGCGUGGUAUCGCGAUAGACUGGAACGAGGUUCACCGAGACUUCCCGGGCUGCCAUAGAGUCCUCGACCUACCAUCUUACCAGUGGGAGCUCAAGAACUACUGGAUACAGUACCGCAACAACUUCUGCGUGACCAAAGGUGAUCCUCCUCAGAUGCUACCUGGCCCUGCACCAGUGGCAAAACUGGAUGAAGCACUUUCCGCUUCUGUUCAUCGCGUCAUACGGACGGACACUACGGCAGAUGGAUUGGGUCUCGUGACAGAGUCUGACAUCCAUGACCCACGUCUUGCUCCAAUCCUUGAAGGACACCGUGUAAAUGGUUGCAGGCUUUGUCCUUCUUCGUUAUACGUCGACAUGACCAUGACGAUCGUCCGGCACAUGUUGAGCUCGUCAGGCAGGUCGUUGCAAGGAAGGGGUCUGGACUGCAUCGACAUGAAGGUCGAGAAGCCGUUGGUUGCGAGGGCCGACGUUGCUGCGCAAUUGCUACACGUCUCGGCUGUAGCCGACUCGAAGCUGGCUGAAGUGAAGUUCGACAUAUACAGCGUGGACGCGCAACAUCAACGCCUAGCGGACCAUGCCACGUGUAAGGUCGUCAUCUCCAACGACCAAGAAUGGGCAAAGGACUGGAAGCGCAGCCACUACCUCAUACAAGGCCGUGUCGAUGCCCUUCGGCAGGCGGUCCACGAUGGUACAGCGCACAAGCUCAAGAGAGGUCUUGCCUAUAGACUCUUCUCUUCAUUCGUCGAGUAUGGUCAUGAAUAUCAAGGUAUGGAGCAUGUUAUCUUUGACAGCGAAAAGCUUGAAGCUACUGCGCAAGUAAGGUUCGCAGUCCAUGACAACGGCUUCUAUCAGAGCCCUUGCUGGAUCGAUAGCGUCGGACAUAUCGCUGGCUUCAUUAUGAAUUGCAACGAUGGCACUGAGUCCAAAGGUCAGGCGUUCAUCAACCAUGGCUGGGAGUCUGUUCGCUUUGCGAGAGAACUUGAAUAUGGGAAGACAUAUACGACGUAUAACCGCAUGCAGUCCGUCAACGGGGCAUUGUAUGCCGGUGACACCUACAUCAUCGAUGGAGAGGCCAUUAUGGGCAUCGUGCAAGGCGUGAAGUUCCAAGGCGUACCUCGACGCAUGAUCGACAUGGUACUGCCCAAGGAUAACAAACAUAGCACCCUUGCGCCGUCCAGGACUUCACGGGAGAGCAGCACGGUGACGAUGACGACUCUGGAUGCCGGUCCAACACGCAAGGUUCAAGUAGCAUCUGCCGCCCAGCUUGGAAGCCCUACAGCCGCCAAGAUACCCGUCGCUUCGAAAACGUCCGAUGUUGCGACCAAAUUACUCGACGUCGUCGCACAAGAGACUGGCAUCAAUGCAGCCGAUCUGGAUAUUGCGGUCGAUCUCGCUAGCUUGGGCAUAGACUCCUUACUUACGUUGACAAUAAGUGGUAGAGUUAAAGACGAACUUGGCGUAAGCCUUGACAUGACGGAAGACACCACACUGAAGGACUUGCUUGCGUCCGUCAGCAGCACAGGAGCCACAACACCCGCUUCAAGCAUCGGAGCAAGGUCAUCGUCAGCGGAAAGUCAUGACAGUACUGAUACCUCUCCGAGCUCCAUCGAGGACGAUGAAGACGACACGGACGUUCUGCAGGUAGUGCGCGCGGUCAUCGCGCGAGAGACAGGUUUGCCACUGGAGGAUCUCCGGCCAGAAACGAGCCUUGACGAAUUGGGAGUGGACUCACUCUUGGCCCUCACUAUGAUCAGCGCGCUCUCUGAGACUCUUGGAAAGUCGCUACCUCCCACCAUAUUCGCAGACAGCGAGACAAUUUGGGACGUCGAAAACAUCCUUGGCAUGAAUGGUUAUAUUACGCAGACGCCCAGGCCUGGCAAUCAGAACGCUUCAGGCCACCCUACAGCGUCUUCGAGCACCACUCGUGUCGAGGUCUCACAGCUGUUGGUUCUGCAGCCGCCGCAUGCGACAUCAGUUUGUCUUCAAGGCAACGCGAAGACGGCAACUACCACGAUUUUCCUCUUUCCGGACGGUGCAGGCUCGGCCAUCUCGUACGCCCAGCUUCCAGACGUGUCGCCAAAAGCCGUAGUAUAUGGUCUGAACUGCCCAUGGAUGCGCGCUCCGGAAGGGCUGACCUGUUCUCUGGAAGACUAUGUUGCCAAAUUCCUGGUCGAGGUGCGCCGCAGACAGCCGACUGGACCAUAUUUCUUCGGAGGAUGGUCUGCGGGCGGUAUACUCGCCUACGAAGCUGCUCAGCAAUUGGCCAGAGUGGGUGAGACGAUAAGUCGUCUCGUCCUGCUCGAUUCACCGGACCCAGUCGGCCUACAGAAUCCCCCGCCGAGACUCUACGACUUCUUGGAAGCCCAAGACAUGUUCGGCAUGGAGGGCAAGUCUGCACCGAAGUGGCUACGUCCUCACAUGACCGCAUUCAUUCACAUGCUUGACCGGUACACAAUCAGAGCAUUUAACGACGUCGCUCCUAGCACCUGGCUCAUAUAUGCCCGCGAUGGCUUAUGCAAACCCGGCGCACCUCGACCUGCUACCCGACCUGAUGACCCUCGCGAGAUGCUCUGGCUGAUCAAUGAACGGACAGACUUCACUGGUGGCGGCUGGAGCUUGCUUAUUGGGCAGAAACGCCUGAGAGUCAACGUUGUCGAUGACGCUAACCACUACACGAUCAUGUCCGCUCCUCAGGCUGUCGCUCAGUUGAGUACGUUCAUUGCCCAGGCAUGCCUGUGA